AUGGUAAAACUCACUGAUGCUGCCGACUACGAUGCUGGCGAAACGUUUGAGGAUGUACCAAGUCCAUUGUCUGAUGCUGGGAAUCAUGACAACUACUAUGGCAGACGAAUUCGAACUAGGUGCGUUCUAUUGAGUCGCCUUGACAACAAGAUCAAGUUACGACGAGGUCAGCCCACUUCUAUGGUUCUGGUUUGCCAUUUCGAGCGGAUUUCAUUAGACCUAUUCACACCCUCUCCUGGCUUUCUCAUCCUACCUCCUUGUGUAUAUUGCAACAGCAGGACAUAUGGAAGAGAAAUAUCAAAGUGGAGGCCACAGGAGAACAAUUAUAAACCAAGAAAUAUCUACAUUUAG